AUGACCCAGCCCUCCGCGGGGAUCCCGGGCAGAGUCCCGCCGGAGGGGAGUGGCGGUCCUGCCCUCCGGGGUCCGCAGCCCACAGCGCGCAGAGCUUACCCCGAGCUUCGCCACCCCAUUAAGCGCGGGCAGGAGGUGCGCUUCCUGGAGCAGCAGAACAAGCUGCUGGAGACCAAGUGGCAGUUCUUCCAGAACCGCAAGUGCUGCGAGAGCAACCUGGAGCCCCUGUUCGAGGGCUACAUUGAGACACUGAGGCGGGAGGCUGAGUGCGUGGAAGCCGACAGUGGGCGGCUGGCCGCAGAGCUCAACCACGUGGAGGAGGUACUGGAGGGCUACAAGAAGAAGUAUGAAGAAGAAGUGGUACUAAGGGCUACUGCUGAAAAUGAAUUUGUGGCCCUGAAGAAGGACGUGGACUGCGCCUACCUCCAAAAGUCUGACCUGGAAGCCAACGUAGACACCCUGACCCAGGAGAACUUCCUGUGGUGACUGUAUGAGGAGGAGGUCCGUGUUCUCCACUCCCACAUCUCAGACACCUCCAUCAUUGUCCAGAUGGACAACAGCCGGGACCUGAACAUGGACAGCAUCGUUGCUGAGAUCAAGGCUCAGUACGAUGAUAUCGCCAGCUGCAGCUGUGCUGAGGCUGAGUCCUGGUACCACAGCAAGUGCGAGGAGAUGAAGGCCACGGUGAUCCGGCACGGGGACACCCUGCGCCGCACCAAGGAGGAGAUCAGUGAGCUGAACCGCAUGAUCCAGAGGCUGACGGCUGAGGUGGAGAAUGCCAAGUGCCAGAAUUCCAAGCUGGAGGCUGCAGUGACCCAGUCUGAGCAGCAGAGUGAGACAGCUCUCAGCGACGCCAAGUGCAAGCUGGCCGGGCUGGAGGAGGCCCUGCAGAAGGCCAAGCAGGACAUGGCCUGCCUGCUCAAGGAGUACCAGGAGGUGAUGAACCCCAAGCUGGGGCUGGACAUCGAGAUCGCCACCUACAGGCGCCUGCUGGAGGGCGAGGAGCACAGGUUGUGUGAGGACAUCAGUGCUGUGAAUGUUUGUGUCAGCAGCUCCCGAGGCAGGGUUGUCUGCAUGUCUGGCUCCCGGCCUGUGACGGGCAGCGCCUGCAGCGCCCCCUGCAGUGGGAACCUGGCGGUGAGCACCAGAACAUGCACCCCCUGUACGCCUUGCGGACAGAGCUGUGGUUCCGUUAGGUUUGCAUAG